GAAGUAAAAUCAUGACAUUCAAUAAAAAUGAUAUCGAUACAAUCGAAAAAGCAAAGGAAUAUCCUGACUAUCAUGGUGGUGAACUCACUCAACCAGAAAAAGAUAUCUUUAAUGAUGAUUGUUUAACAACAGAUAAAGCACUUCUGCAAGAUACUGCAGAGUUAUUAAAUAAUUGUAAAAAAGCAGAGGCUAAUUUAGUUACUGAAAGAACUUCUGAAACAGGAUUAUCUACAGAUGGAAAUGCUUUGUUAAUUUCCUUAAUGGAACCACGAAGAAAUAACUCCAUUGCUUACCAAAUAAUCAAUCCUGAGAAAGAUGAUGCAGGAAAGAUAGAUAAAAUGGUAAAAGAAUACCAAACUGUUUUAUUUCGAAAAAACAAUAAAACUUUAGAUUUAAAAUUGAAAGAAGCAUUAAUUUCUUUUGCCAAAGUAUCAAAAGAAGAAGAAAAGGUUGCCAAAGAAAUUACUGAGUUAGAAAAAAAAUAUAAUCCUCAA